ACAAUUUUAUAAUUUUCUUUCAAAUAUAUUUUCUAUUAGAUAUUUCACGCCACAAUUACUCUCAGCAAUUUCGAGCAGUGUGUUCGCAUUGGCCCAGUUUUCGGUUUUCAUUUUCAAAUGCAAUUUGUGUCCACGCACGUGACUGACCCCCGGGUGCAACAGGUUGUGGUCAAAUGCAAUUGUUGGCCAUAUAAAAGGCCAGCGACGACCGGUCAGCCGCAACAGUUAGAAAGCGAAAUGGUACGGAGAACAUUAUUGAUACCUAUGCUCAUCGGCUUGGGCAGCCUGGUGGCAUCGGAGCCGGUAGGUUAUCCGAGUGCGCGUCCACCAGCUGCCAAGCCUCCACGACCGCCUGCACCUGCACCUAGCGGCAGCUAUGGAGCACCCAGGCAACCCAGCACCAGCUACGGAGCACCGAAGCCACCCAGCAGCAGCUAUGGAGCCCCAAAGCCACCGCCAGCUGCGCCUGCGCCGAAGCCAACUUAUGGAGCGCCGCCCAGGAAGCCGCCAGCUCCGCCUGCUGCGCCGCCUCGCGACAGCUAUGGACCGCCACCGACUAAUCCCAAUCAGAACUAUUUACCGCCCUCGAGUGGUGGGGGUGGUGCAUCAGUUGGCUCUGGUGGUGAAAGCAUUCCCAUUAUCAAGCUUGAAUCCAAAGUCAACACGGAUGGCUCCUACAAGUAUGAAUAUGAAACGGGCAAUGGCAUCCAGGCCGAGGAGAUGGGCUACUUGAAAAAUGCCGGCGUUGAGGGCGCCGAGGCUCAGGUGGCCGAGGGCUCUUUCUCCUACAGCAACCCGGAGGGUCAGAGCAUCUCGUUGACCUACAUUGCGGAUGAGAACGGUUUCCAGCCGCAGGGCGAUCAUCUGCCCACGCCGCCGCCCAUACCCGUCGAGAUACAGGAGGCACUCGAUAAGCUGGCCGCCAGCGGCGGCUGUCAUGAUUGCGAUGACCAAGGAGGAGGCGGAGGCGGCGGCGGCGGCGGCGGCUAUGUCUAUCGCAGAAAGUAAUUAAAAAAAUGGCAACGAAAAACAAAU